AUACUUUUAUUUCAUACGCUGUGUGUAUGCGCAUCACCGCAUCAAGUCGGCUGUCGCGUAUUUGAUGCGACGAUGUCAUGUCACACGUAUUGGUUAAGUGUUCAUCAGCUGCCUGAAGUGUGCACGAUCUGAAGGCAGAAUGGGUCGAAGCUACAUGGUAGAAGAGGCGGUGGAGAAAUAUCUUGGUGGGCUUCAGACACCUCCUGGAUCGUGUGUCACAGGACUCUUAAUUGGUCAGUCAUCCCCUCAGAGAGAAUUCAUAGUGUUGGCUGUACAGACUCCAUACAGGGAUAGUAAAGGCCAUCCGAAGGUUUCUACAGGCAGUCCUUUGGAUGAGAUUGAUGUGGAGUGGGUAACAGAACAUGCCAAGCAGUUAUCUCACAUGUUACCAGGAGGUCUCAGCAUCCUCGGCCUGUUUUUAGUAACCCCACCUGAACUAUCUAAAGAUGCCCAGAACACUCUUAAAAGGCUUAUAUUUGCUGUGGAUAAAUACAUAACUAAAGGAAGACUAUGGGAGCUCUCAGAGGAGGACGUAACGGAUCGAGUCACACUGCACAUUUGCUCCAAAUCGAAGAAAGCUGUCUGUAAAACAUUCGAUGUAAAGGAUCCAAAGAGUUCAGCCAAGCCAGCAGACUGGAAGUAUCAGGCAGGAGUCUCGACAUCCUGGCCCAUGUUGACCUGCUCUGUGGAGCUCGACCUUAUGAUACCUCUGACUGAAUCAUCUUCCGAUAACACAGAUAAGUGCAUGCAGGAUGGCCUUAGGAAAUGGGCCAAGCAGAUCGAGGCUGGUCACUGUCUCAUAAAUGGUAGACAGGCAUUAGAUGACUCUGAACUCAUUUCAGGACAGAAAAAAAAUCCAAAGAUUAUCCAGCAUCUUACUCUUCCAGUACGGAUCCUUGUCUCGGAUGAGCAAUCAGAGGUGGAUGAGAGGUCCAGCGCGCAGGUUCAAGUGUGUAGUGGUUCAGCAAGGGUUCGAGGGGUGGUGCACUGCAGGGCCUACAUCCACAACAAUAAACCUAAAGCCAGACAUGCAGCACAGGUCAUUAAGAGAGACAUCAUAAAUACAAUUUCCUGCAGAGUUGCGAUGUUUCUUGAGGAUCUUUUAAUAAGCGAGGGGAGUCACAAAGGCCCGUGCAGUGGUCCGAAGGCUCUUCCUCGACGUGUUUUUGUCCAAGUGCCCUGCUCUGGCCUGUCUGUGUGUGACUACAUGUUCCCAGAUGAAAGCACAGCUGAUGUGGCCGAGCGUCUUAAAGAGAUGCUGGACUGGGAAACACCAGAGGGGAACAUAGAUAUUAGUCUGGAGAGCAAUUACUUAUUUUGCCCUGAUGUACCUGAAAGUCGCAGUGAUGACUACAGCAGUCGUUUCACUUCAGAAGCACAAGUUGAAACACCUAAAACCCAGAAAGCCUUUCAAUACUAUGCUGGUUUGGCAGUAGCAGCAGCGAUUGCUUUUCUUGCUACAGCUACAUCCCUGCUGUAUUUCAAUGAAUAACACUGCAGUACAUGUAUGUAUGUACAAGUGUAUAAAAUGGCGUGGUUGAGUAAUAUUGAAUCAUCAAUGAUCAUUGAUAUUUUUUUAAAUAUAAUUUACUUCAAUAAACACUUUAGGUUGAAGCUAUACUUAAAACAUUUUAUUGACAUUUGAAACAACUUAAGUUAAAAAUUGUAAUUUAAAGAUCAUUCUGUAAAAAUGUAACCUUGAUAUCUUUAACCCUAAUAAGUCCCUCGGGGUCAAUCUUACACCCAAGCCACUUUUAUUUAGUUAAAAAACAUGGUUCCCUUCAUCUCAGUGAAAUAAGAUUCGGUGACUUUUCCAGAUUAUCUGUCAAGAUUCAUAUAAAAAAACUGGGCUUGAUUCGGUCGUUCUAAAGAGGUGUCAAAAAAAUCACCAAAAGAGGCCCUUUGGGGGUAAAAAUGACCCAAAUUGAAAUGAAUGGGAAAUGCAAAAAAGAAUUUUUUUGUUAUUCAUCAAAUAAAAUCAAUGCAUCCAGAAUUAAUCUGAAAAUUUUGACAUAUAAAGGUAGGCCUGGUACUAGAGCACAAAUGCAACAUAGAAAAGACAUGCGCUAUCACACACACACACACACACACACACAAAUAGACACGCACAUACACACAAAGGUAUGACUGCCAUAGAGAGCAUUUUUUACAGAAUUUGGCAAAAAAUCAGCCACAGAUGCAAAACAAAGAUGUAAAAUGCCCACACACAUACAUACACACACGUGCGUACAAACACACAGACUCCACACACACACGCACAAAGACACAGUAAAACUUACACACACAUAAAGACACAGACAAAAAGACAAAGUCACAAUCGCGUGCGCGUGCACGCACGCAAACACACACACACAAAUACACACGGACACACACACAGACAGAAACACACACAGACAAACACACAUUUAGUCAAAUUUCUGUGGCAUUUUGUAAAAACAGACAUUUCAAAAUGCAUCAAAAACUACAAAAAAUUAUACUAUUAUUUGAAAAAAAAAUUAUUUUUAAUGACCUUUCUAAUGCUUAUAUAAACAUAAAUUCACAAAAUGUUUCACUAAAGUACUGAUGUUGAGCAGAUGGUCAAAUCCAGUGAAAUGAAUGCGUCUCUAUGGGACUCUGCUGGUCAGAAUGAUUGUUUUUUUUCUAAACACCAAAUGGUCGAAUUCAACACAUAACAUCUAGAUCAAUAUCUAAAAAACAAUUUAAAUCAAAUUUAGAUCAUAAUUUAUGUGAAUUUUUCAUAAAAUUUUGAUAUUUUACAGGCAAGCUAACGGUGUAGUUGAAGAAUUAAGUGGUAAACAGGUACAAAAGUACUUCAUAUCUCCCAAAACACAGCAUUAUUGUAUAGAUGGGAAGUAAACAAAAAAAAUGAUGUAUUAUUUAUAUCAUUAAAUAUUUAUAUAGUUUUUUUUAAUCACCCUUUUAAUUUCUGGGGUCAUUUUUACCCCCAGGGAACUCUAACUUAUACAGAAAAAUAGGGGCUUAUGAGGGUUAAUGUUGACUGAGAAAUGCCAUUUCAACUUUGAUGCUCUUAAUCUCAUAAUUAGAUUAAGACUUAAAACUGGAUUUCACAGGCAUGGUUGCAAUUUUUAUUUUCUCCUUUAUUUUCUGUUUUGUAAGCACUGCUGGCAUGUGUCCACAUGUGCUGUAUUACGAACAAAAUAAAAGCGUUCAUUAUCGUCA